UGUAAUUAUCAUGUAACAACUUUGUAGUAAAUACAAGCGCACAAGCGAGCUAGCUAGCUACCAUUGCAGUGAGUUAACCAUGUUCAACAAGAAGCGAGCAGCAUCGCUAGAUAGCAGUCUGAGUUCUGCAUCAACUACAGAACUAGAAGCACGAACAGUUGCAACUUCAACACGUCUACUGGAGCUGGAAGACGAGGAGAUAGAAGACUCAGAUAAUGGGAUGCCAUCUCCAAAGAGUAUCGGUGUUGUGAUGGAUGAAUACGUUUCAGCAUCGUUUGUAGGACGGUCUUCUUAUGCCUCAGGGGAUAUCCUAUCAGCAGUAACUCAGUUCAAUGAAGCACUAGGAAUAGAGUUGCAAACUGAGCUGGAGUGCUUGUACGAUACAAAUCUUGGUUUCGUGAGUGGACUAGUACGUCGAGAAGUGCAGAGUCGUAUGAACGAUAGCCCAGUGCAUUCUGCAGAUAAGAGUUGCAAGAAAAUCCUAAACCAAUUGGGAGAUGUGUACAUUAAGGCUAGCAGCGAAUCUGACCACCAUCCGAGCAAGUCAAAGUGGUACAUGCGGAUGGGGGCCGCUCUGUGCGUGAUAAACGAAUGGGAGAAAGCAAAGCAGGUCUACAAAGAAGGCAUCAACAUGUGCAGAGACAAGAAGGACCUCAAAACAGCACUGAAGAACCUCAUUAAACUCGAGCAAAUCACGUCCAUCGCAGAAAUUCCCGAGGAAGAUCGCUAUGCAGCCAGCUUGGCCAAACCACCCCCUAGUCCGUUACGGUCGUCACCACCUCAGCCCCUCCCCCGUGGUUCCAGUUCACCGAAAUUGUCUCGAAGAAAAUCUCUGGGUAGAAUGAUUCGUAAAAGGUCCAAGAGUUUGAACAACGAAUCAAUUAAAUCCAAGCACAAGGCGUCGAAAAUUCCAAUCGAAGCUGUUGAUUCAACCAGUGCAAAAUCACCAUUAGAAAAAUCACAAAGAAGUCAGUCUAUCGACGCUGAUCAACUUCUCAGUCCAACCACAACCACCUCCAAUGGACACCUCAGAUUGUCUCGAGUAGGCUCCAGUACUGUGCCUUCAAACGUAGUUCAUAAAGAAGAGAUAGAACGGAAAAUCAGCGAUCCUUUGAACAUCAUAUCCCCUCUGGCACUGAGCGACGGAAUGAUUCAAAUAAGAGACAAAAAGGAGAAAAAACUGCACGCGGGCAAAAGGAACUCUAUAGCAUAUCUGUUCAAUCGUCGCCCGGCACCCACACUGUCAUGCGAGGACAAGCAACAAUGGACCGAGUGUUUUAGCCCCGACGGUUGUACCGUUGCCUCUUACCAAAGUAUGACCACAUCGGCUGUGGCUCACAUGCGAAUGCUGUCUGUGGAACCUGUCAAACGGGAAAAUCGUCCGAGUUGGUCAAGUAGUAGUGACGACCAACGGGAUGGCAUCGUGGAGAUAGCAACACCGCGAAGAAUGACUUUUGAGGCCACACCCAUCAGAUCCAUGAUGAUAGAAUCAGACGACAGUGAACUGGACGAUGAUUAAACGUACGUAUGUAUAUUGUGUGCUUUUUUGUGUGUCUUUGUGCAUUUUAACACUUGUUUUAUAACUUAUUGUCACCCAUGAUUAUUAUACCGGCCAAUC